AUGAAAUCCUCGUGGAAGGGGUCUAAGCCGAAGCCCAGGAGCAGCACUCUCCACUCUCUUCAUACCAUGUUCCAGCCAGCGAGACCUGCGGACGCAAAUGAAGAUGCUGAAAAAUCCACAAAGCGAGCAGCUUCUGGCGCUGUGAAUAGCGGCCUGGACACAACAAACAGCCUGGAAAGCAGGAAAAAUGGGGAUAGCCACGAGAUUCAUCCAGACUCAGGAGAGGAAGGAUCAGGUAAAAGUUUACCUGCUGACACAGCUAGCAUUGCUAUACCUAUUGUGCAGACACCAGGGCCAGAUGGCAUACAAUGCAUAUUAGCACAAAUGAAAGAGGAUAGAAUAUUUUUAGCGGGAGAGAUUGAGAGAAAUGCUAGGGAAAUAAGAUUAGAGAUUCAGGCAAUUAGUAAUCGGACCGCCACUCUAGAGGUGAGGGUAGAGGCUGUGGCUAAAGCGCAUAAUGAUUUAUUAUUACAGAGCUCGGAAUGGGGCACAAGGCUUGAUGCCUUAGAAGUGGCAUUUGAGGAUCUUAUUAAUCGAUCUUGA